CCCCUCAUCAGGUUAAAGACUGAAUUGCAAUUUUGUGUGCGUCAAAUUAAACCACUAGGUGGAGCGAGACAUUCUCUCAAAUCCAUUGGGGAACUUUAACACUGAAAUCCAGACUCCACCUGGAAUGUGGGCCAUACUCGGAUCUGAGGGUGCAGUCAUAUGACUCCCAGAUGGCCGAGUGAGAGUCAACAGGGCCAGAAAUGCUUCCCUGAAACUUCUGUAACAUAGUUUUUGCUCCUGAACGAUUUGACUGUGUUGGAAGAAAUCGACCCUGGCUGGUUUGCGCUCCAGCGCGCACGGUGGAGAUGGGAAGCGACGCGUUGUUUAGGGAGCAGUAGUCUGCAGGAGGAUGACAGUUUGUUGUUGCCUGUUGAGGCUCUGUGGGUGCAGCUCUACUUCAACUGUGGGAGGUGUGAUCGCGUACACUGUGGGCUCAGAUGGAAGAACCUAGAAAUUGGAGCACACUGCAGACAGCAGGAGUUAGGACGUGCUCAGCGGACAUUCAGCAGUCACAUGUCCGUCUCCGGAGACAAGUAGCAGCGGUGAUCUCUCCUGUUCUGUCCGACGUACGACUCACCUUACCUGGAGUCAUGGACGCCGAGGGGAGGGUGGACGAGUCGAGGCUAAGGCUUCAUAUUUUCAAAAACGGUGGUGUGUCCCCCUCUGAGCGUGGCCUUGUGUGGCGUUUCCUGUUUGGGAUGUACCCAUGCAGCUCAACAGCGUUGGAGCGCUCUCUGCAGCAGGAGCAGCUGGUUGUUCGUUACAGCGUCAUGAAAAGAAAGUGGCAGCAGUUCCUUCCUUCAGCUGUGCAGAUUCAUCUCAACGGCACCGAUGCGGAGUUGGUGGCAGCAGUCAGAUAUUUUGAGCAGAGGCAGGCUCGGGCCCAACAACAGACCCAGGACCAAUCUGAGGAGGUCUGGGAAAGACUGGCUUUCUUGGAGCUUCAGGCACAGAUACUGUUUGAGCGUGUCACAUUUGACCAGGAGGAGCUGCGGGAAGCCAUACGAAUCAUUGACAAGGAUGUGCCGAGAACCAACAGAGACCUGAGCUAUUAUCAGGGGGAAGGUUUGGCUAAUCUGCUGGUGUUGAGAGAUAUCCUCAUCACUUACGCUGCUUUUCACCCAGAGGUCAGUUAUGCUCAAGGAAUGAACGACCUGUGCAGCCGCUUUCUGGAGGUUCUUGAUUCAGAGGUCGACACUUUCUGGAGUUUCUCCUGCUACAUGGAGAAGUUUUCCAAGGACUUUAGGGCUGAUGGACUUCACAGGAAAAUAGAGCUGGAAGCAGCGCUGUUAAAGGAACUGGAUCCUCAGCUUUAUGCUCAUUUAGUCACAGACAGUAUGGAGAGCUUCACCUUCUGCCACAGGUGGCUGUUGCUGGGUUUCCAAAGGGAGUUUGAGCACAGUGACGCUUUGCGCUUGUUCGAGAUCCUGAGUUGUGACCACCUGGAGCUUAUCUCCCAACAAGUAGACCGAGCCCGUUAUCAGGAGAGGCUGGCACGAAAGUACAGCACAGAGGAGAAUUCAGAGUCAAAGCUCCAGACUAUCAACACGGACUUCACUUUUGAGCUCUUCAUCUGUGCAGCCAUCCUAUUAGAGAACAGAGACGCCCUGCUGCGGUGCAGAGAUGAUGUACAACUCAUCCAGUUUACAAGCAGCCUUCAGGGAACAUUGGACCUGAACAGCACACUGAAGAAAGCAGAGCACCAUCUGUACAACUACUGCAAGCGCUGUGCUUGGGACUAUAUGAAUGGGCACUGCAGAGCACACAAGAGCAAAGAAGAGGACUUUCUUUGUCAGCUGCGGAGUUUACUUGUUUUAAAGUGAUAGCUACUAUUUAAAUAGCUGAGGUCAAAGACUGUUAUGAUACUGUAACUUCCAACAGGGGUCAAACAAUCCCAAUUUGUCAUUUUAGUGGAAUAUUUUUUAUCUUAGUUUUUAUUUCUGAGGGAAACACUCUAAUGUAGUGAUUGUUGCUGACCGGAGGUGUGAUCAGUUUCUGCUGGUCAUUUCAAAUGUACAGUAUUUAUUGUAUGAAAGCUGACAAACACCAACUGUGAAACAUUUUGGUUGCUUUGCUGAACUCUAUGAAUUUGAAUGCAAAGCUUGAAAUCUGAGCAGGUCAGAGUCAGCACUUUUUUUUACAAGUUAUGCUGAGUUUAAGUUCUGUUAAAAAAGACUAAUACUCCAUGGAAGUAUGUGAACACAGAUCUGGUUUCACAACAGGUGGUGUGUGUGAUGAAAUGCAGUUGUAUAUUAUGCCAUAUGGCCUGUGUGUCAGAUAGGAAACACGAAUAGAUGUCCGGUUCUUGGGCUUUGGCAGAGGGACCAUGUACCAAGGGGAAGGAAAACUUAAUGCACAACUGUGUCUUACAUAGAGAAGGAAAUAUUUACAAUAGUUGUUCUGAAGAUUGUACCUCAAUAAAACUCAUGAAGACUGUUGA